AUGCUGCCGGCCUCCAUCCAGAUCACGGGGGAGCUGCUGUCGGCGGCCGAGGUGCAGGCCAUCGUGGAGGGCCUGCAGGAGGACGGGGUGCGGCUGCUGUCCGUCCGCGGCUGCCAGCUCUCCGACCGCGACUUCGCCCGCGUGUGCUCCGGCGUGGCGGCGUGCGGCUCGCUGGCGCAGCUCAACCUCAACCUGGGCGUCGUCUCCGGGGUCAGCCGGACCCAACGCCUGGCCGACGCCCUGAAGGCCAACCGGUCCCUGCAGACCCUGUUUCUCCACGGCAGCCCGCUGUUGGACGCCGGGCUGGUGACCUUGAACUCGGCCCUGUCGACCCACCCGGCGCUGGUGUGUCUGGACCUGGGAGACUGCAUGCUGGGAGACGAGGCGCUGGCUCUGGUCUGUGGAAUGCUGCCGCCCGACGGGGCCAAGUCAGGCCUGAGGGAGCUGACUCUGAGCGCUAACCCAGGAAUCAGCUCCAAAGGCUGGGCUCGCCUCGCCAUCGCCGUGGCCCACAGCUCCCAGCUGAGAGUCCUGAACCUGGACUACAACCUGCUGGGGGACCAGGUCUCAGGGAUGCUGGCGGUCUCGGUGGCGUCCAGCAGAACCCUGGAGGUCCUGGACCUGGAGGGGACCGGACUCACCAACCAAUCAGCACAGGGGGGCGGCUCCAGAGGGGCAGAGCCCGUGGUGGACAGACGAGCCGGGGGUCAGUCAGGUCGAUGGAGGAGGCCGACCGGAGAGACCGGGUGGGGAUGCUGGUUUGGAGGAGGUGAGACGGGUGUGGAGGGGCGAGGUCGUGGAGGCCUCGAAGGCAUGGAGGAGGAGCUUAAAGGCAAAGCGGUGUUUGAUGGGAAGCCAGUGGAGUUGCUGUAG